AAUGGUCAACUCGGAGCUCAGGUUUGACUCAAAGUUGGACUCAAACUUUCAGCUGCAGCCAUGGCGGCCCCGCCACCGCUCGUCAUCUGGGAGCCCCACGUCUCUCGCCUGCUGCGGUACAAGGAUCUGAUUCCUCGCCUGGAAGUAGCUUUGGCAAAGUUUUCCUCCCGGGACAGCGCAGAGGUUCUUCAGCCCGUGCGGACAACGGUCCCCCUGCAGAAACACAACGGGUUCCUGGGGCUGAUGCCGACCUACAUGCAGAAUGACGGUGUUCUGUGUACGAAGAUGGUGUGUUUCUACCAGAGGGAGGACGGGUCCACUCUACCCUCCACUCAGGCCACUGUGGUGCUGCUGGACCCGGAGAGAGGGGACGUGAGGGCGGUGAUGGACGGUGAGGUCAUCACGAGCAUGAGGACGGCUGCCGUGUCCGCCAUCUCGGCCAAGCUGCUGAUGCGCCCAGAUGCAGAAGUACUGGCCAUUUUGGGAACAGGCAGGCAGGCCCUCAGUCACUACAAUGUCUUUACUGAAUUCUUCUCCUUCAAAGAGGUGCGUGUGUGGGGAACCAAUAAGGAAAGAAUGGCAAAAUUUUGUGAUGCUGUUACUGGGCCAGUCAAGGCAUGCGACACAGUGGAGGAGGCAGUGAGGGGUGCUGAUGCGAUAGUGACAGUCACUAGACUCACAGAGCCCCUUCUCUUUGGUCGCUGGGUCAAACCAGGAGCUCAUGUGGCAGCGAUUGGAGCCUGUCGGCCAAACUUCCGUGAACUGGACGACGUGCUGAUGAAGCAGGCUGUGGUGUAUGUGGACAGCAGGGACGGGGCCCUGUCUGAAGCCGGUGAUGUCAUCCUCUCUAAGGCCGAGGUGUAUGCAGAGCUCGGGGAAGUCAUCAAUGGGAAAAAAGCUGCCCACACAGAGAAGACGACGGUGUUCAAAUCCCUGGGAAUGGGUGUUCAGGAUGCUGUGGCAGCCAAACUGGUGUUUGACCAAUGGCAGUCUGAGACAGUCGAAAAGAAGUGACGUGGCACUGCAAAGAAAAUGAAGAAAUCAUACAUCAAGGGCUUUUUGUUCUAAAUCCAGUUCAUCUGCAAAACAACCUGCUUUUGUAUGUAAUACACAUAUGUAAUACACUUUUGUUUAAGGCUGAUUCAGUUAGUAACGUGUAACAAUAUUGUUAAAACAAAGAAUCCAAGACCUUCUGCAUGCAUUUCCAACAUCUUUAUAUUGGACUUUCCACAUUACAUCCUGUGUGUAUUCACAUAUUUAGGCACUUUAUUUCGGCAUGUAUUUUAAUGGCCUCGUAUCGUGAACCUUAAUCAGCAAUGUUAUUUGAUAACAAAAGAGCCAUCCAUUUUUUUCAAUGAUUUUAUUUACUUAAAAAAUUAGAAUGUGAAAAGAAAAGCACAUGGGAGCGAGAAA